AUGACAACACGCAAAAAAAAAGUUUCUAUAAACUCUCAUAUUAAUGAACAUCCUGGUGUUUUUAGAGAAAAUGGUGGACAUAAUAAAAAAAAACGCCUUUAUGAAAUUAAUGAACAAAAAAAAAAACAAACUACUAUUUCUACAAUUAAUAAUGCAUUUGAAUCCAAAAAAGAGGUUAUAGAAGAUUUAAUUGAAGCUUUUUCUUCUGCAAAUAUCCCUUUGGAAAAAGUUAAUCAACUCCUUCCUUUUUUUAAAAAACACCUUAAAGAAGGUGGUGCAAUCCCUCAAGCUCCUACUCUUCGCCAAAUAUAUUUACCCAAU